GGCUCAGAUUGAAGGGGACCAGGUAGGAGACAUGUUAAGCUUCUUGGGCAGGGGCGGUGACGGGGCGUCCCGGGCUAUAAGUAGGCAGGGGAGGGCAUUGGAGGUAAAGGUAGUAUGGAGACCCUGGAACCAGGGUGAGAGGGGAGGAGAAGACACCUUAUGGAGAGACACUCCUCUUCAUAGGGACAGACAGAGCUAUUACAAGGAGUUAGGAGGCAAUUUGGAUCUGGGCAUCUUCCCACUUUGGAUGGCCCUGGUAGGCCUCCACCCCGUUCAGCUAGCCAGGCCUAAAGACUGAGUCAGCUGCAGUAUGAGAACAACCCAAACCCACUGACUGUCCCCGUGAGGCCCAGAACUGCCUGAUGCUCACCACUUCCUGGGUUGGACCAAGGGAGUUCAGGUAGGGGACAGGUUGGCCUGGGUUGCACUUGGAUGCACUGCUCUUAUCCCUCCCUAAUGCUUCAAUAAUUGCCCUCCGUGUUCUCUGCUUUUUUGCCCCUGGUCAGGGCUGGGAGGCCAGGGAAAUUAAGCCACCCUCACUUCUGCCCUUUCCACCUCUAGGACCAUGGCCAGUGCACAAUCCUCUCUGCUCAAAUCCCUAGCCUCCAGCCCAGGUCCAGGCAGCAAUGAGGUGGAGCUGGAAUGCUGGUUUGAUGAGGAGUUCAAGUUCAUCCUGCUGCCUGUGAGCUAUGCAGUUGUCUUUAUACUGGGCCUGAGCCUCAAUGCCCCAACCCUCUGGCUCUUCUUCUUCCGCCUUCGACCCUAGGAUGCAACAGCCACCUACAUGUUCCACUUGGCAUUGUCAGACACCUUGUAUGUGCUGUCACUGCCAACCCUCAUCUAUUAUUACGCAGCCCGCAACCACUGGCCCUUUGGCACUGGGCUCUGCAAGUUUGUCCGUUUUCUCUUCUACUGGAACCUCUACUGCAGUGUCCUUUUCCUCACCUGCAUCAGUGUACACCGCUACCUGGGUAUCUGCCACCCACUGCGGGCACUACGCUGGGGCCGCCCACGCUUUGCAGGCCUUCUCUGCCUGGCAGUUUGGUUGGUUGUAGCUGGCUGCCUUGUGCCCAACCUGUUCUUUGUCACAACCAGCAUCAAGGGGGCCACCAUUCUGUGCCAUGACACCACUCGGCCUGAGGAGUUUGACCAUUAUGUGCACUUCAGCUCGGCAAUCAUGGGGCUGCUCUUUGGUGUGCCCUGCUUAGUCAUUCUGGUCUGCUAUGGGCUUAUGGCUCGGCGCCUGUUUCGGCCCCUGCCAGGGGCUGCCCAGACAUCUUCUCGUCUCCGUUCUCUCCGUACCAUCGCUGUGGUGCUGACUGUCUUUGCUCUCUGCUUCGUGCCUUUCCACAUCACCCGCACCAUUUAUUACAUGGCGGGGCUGUUGCAAGCUGACUGCCAGGUGCUGAACAUUGUCAACAUGGUCUACAAAAUGACUCGGCCCCUGGCCAGCGCUAUCAGCUGCCUAGAUCCUAUGCUCUACCUGCUUACUGGAGACAAGUAUCCACGUCAACUCCUGCAGCUCUGCAGUAGUGGGGGGCCGCAGCCUCCCACAGCUGCGUCCUCACUGGCACUUGUAUCCCUGCCUGAGGAAAGCAGCUGCAGGUGGGAAGGAACCCCCCAGGACAGCAGCUUCCCUACCUCUAGGGCAGAUAGAUUGUAA